AUGGAUGCUAAGUUUGCCUUUAUCUUUGGCGAGCUCAAGAGCCGUGUCCCAGAAGUCAGGGAGAACGGUGUAAAGGAGCUAUAUACCUUCGUCCAAUCAUGGCUCGCUGCACAUCCACCAGAAGCUGCUCCCCAGUUCUGGAAUGAGGUCAACCAGAGGAUCAUCUUUCCAUUAACGACGCAGUCUAGCAACACCUUUGAACGGCUCGGAGGGAUUGCCGCGAUCGACAAGCUACUGGACUUGGAGUCCGAGGGGACCUUGGAGACAAAUCGUAACCUCUAUCGAUUCCUCAGAUAUCUCAAGAAUGUUCUGCCGACCAUUGAAAUCCCAGUGAUGACGGCGGCUGCUUCAACGUUUGGAAAGAUUCUCCAAGUUGGCGGGCCAUCCUUUGUCACCGGAAGUCUCAUCGAUGGAGAAGUACAGAGGGCCGUUAGUCUCAUGGUUGAAGAUAAAACCGAACACGGCCGCUUUGCAGGAGUCGCAAUCUUGACAGAGAUAGCAACACACGCUAGCCAACAGUUCUACCGACACGUGAGCACCGUCUUGAAAGAGAUAAUUGUUCCUUUGCGUGAUUCAAGGGAGAGCAUCCGAAAAAGCGCUUCAACACUCCUAUCAAAAUGCCUGACCCUCGUCGCAAAUCAGGACCGAGCUUCGAGGACGCAGAUUCUCACCAACAUAUUGAUGGAGGCUCAAAAAGGAGUGUCGAAUCCCUCCUCCGAUGUUGUUCAAGGCUCGUUACACAUGUAUAGGGAACUGUUGAUGUCGACCAACGACUUUAUGGAAGAGCAUUUCGUCGACACCUGCGAAAAAAUCUUGGGCUUGCGAAUGCACAAGGAUCUUGCAGUAAGAAAGGCAGUUACGGGGCUCCUUCCCGUCUGCGCACGCUACAACUCUAUGAUUUUCAACGAGCAUUUCCUGUACAAAACCAUGGCUUGGCUACUAUCUCAACUCUCGAAGCCAUCGGAGAAGCAAUAUGUUCUCGAAGCAAUUGGUCCGAUCGCUCUGUCCGUUACGAGUGAGAUGAAGCAGUUUAUGCCAGAUAUCAUGGUUCAAAUCAAAGAGUCGCUCGAACAACGAGGCAAGAAAGGUUCAGUCUCUGACAAAGCAAUUUUCGAAUGCAUCCGUAUGUUAGCCGCGGCAGUUGGCCCCAACUUGACCAAACUACUACACGAUCAACUCGACCUCAUCUUCGAACACGAAUUCAACGAGAAUGUUCGGCACUCGCUUGCCGCUUGUGUGGUGUCAAUACCGCCCCUAUUAAGCUCGAUACAAGAUCGACUACUGGACAAGAUUUCGGUCAUCCUUACUGGGCAAAGUUAUAAACCAUUGGGAGCACCUCUGCCAACUCUCAGACCGCAAAUGUCCUUGAGUCAGAUUACCUCCUCUACCAUUCAAAUAUCCGCCAGGAACCCAGAAAGCAUACACCUGGCUCUGGAUACCCUUGCAACGUUCGAUUUUAGUGGUCACCAGUUGAAUGACUUCGUGCGCAUCUGUGCUCUACCCUAUUUGGAGGACGACAUUCCGGAGAUACGGCUCAAGGCCGCUAUUGCCUGUUGUCAACUGUUCAUGAGAGAACCCAGCAUGGGCCAAAGGAGCGCCUGUCCCCUCGAAGUAAUCAAUGAAGUGUUAGAGAAGUUGCUCAUGGUAUCGAUCGCGGAUGCUGACUCGGGUAUCAGAGGCACAGUCUUAUCAAAUCUCGACACACGUUUUGACAAGUAUUUGUCGCAGCCCGAGCAUAUCCGCCUCUUGUUUAUGGCUAUGAACGACGAAGCGUAUGAGGUGCGCUUCAAGGCAGUCGCGAUAGUAGGGCGUCUUGGAUCCUUCAACCCGGCGCACGUAAUGCCUUCUCUGAGAAAAUCACUCAUACAAUUGCUCACCGAGCUUGAGUAUACCACUGCGCCCGCGGCACGCAAUACGACGGCAGAGUUCCUUACCGUUCUCAUAAAAGCUACAGAGCGUCUCAUAAAACCAUACGGACUCUCACUCCUCAGGGUAAUUCUCCCAAAAGCAAAUGAUCCAUCGCCCAUAUUCUCUCGGUAUAUGAUCGAGUGCACCGGUACAUUAGCCGUUAUAUGCGGAGAUGAAAUAUCGCCACACAUUCAAGAGAUCAUGGAAAUUAUUCUUCGAGUCUUACAGGACCCCCAAGCGCCCUCUCAGAAGAAGGAUUCCGCUCUCGUUACCUUGGGGCAAGUCUGCGCCAAUACAGCCUAUGUGAUAGAGCCAAUUGUAGAGCAUCCAGAACUCUUCGCCAUCUUCGCGCGCCUCCUCAAAACAGACACAACUGCAGAGACCAGACGGGAGGUGCUCAGGGUUCUCGGCAUUCUCGGUGCCAUCGACCCAUACGCUCGUAGGAAGCGUUUGUCCCAAGACGACGGCUCGAAGGACACCUCAAGUCAGAGAACCGCAACCACGAUCAGAAUGAGUGGUAUGCCCCAGGACGAGUACUUCCAGACUGUCGUCAUGUCUGCACUUCUCAAUAUUCUGAAUGACGGCGCUCUAUCAACGCAAUACCUGGGGGUCGUUGAGGUGAUCAUGAGCAUCUUCAAGGGUCAGGGCCUCAAAUGCGUUUCGUUCCUCCCAAAGAUUAUCCCAGCCUUCCUCACCGUGACGAAGCUUGCCAAUUCGCGGCAUCAGGAUUACUACCUUCAGCAACUGGCACUACUCGUUGAAAUUGUGAAGAAUCAAAUUCAGGGGUUCGUGAAAGAGAUUCUCGACAUGUGCAAGGAUCUAUGGCCGAAUCAAUUUCUUCACCUUUCCAUCGUCGCUGUUAUCGAAACGCUAUGCAAAGUACUCGAUGCCGGGUUCAAACCUCACAUCCCUGCGGUGCUUCCACUUAUGCUUUCAGUCGCGCCAGGGGCCUCACCGGACAAGCGGCAACUUGCCGAAAUCAAGAUUUUCAACACGUUUCUAACAUUCGGAAGUAACGUGGAAGAAUAUAUGCAUCUCCUCCUUCCCGUACUUUUAGAAGCUGUGGAGAGGGCAGAUGGAACGCCGAUUCUGAAGAAGGCCGCUUUGACUACGAUUGCCGGUCUAGCGCGACGUGUCAAUCUGUCUGACUAUGCAUCCCGGAUCAUUCAUCCACUGAUACGUGUCCUGCCGUCGGCACCGAACGAUGUUCGCGAGGCUAUCAGAGAUACCAUGUGUACGCUCGUGUUCCAGCUCGGUGCUGAUUUCGCCGUAUUUGUACCCAUGGUAAAGAAGUGCCUACUGAGCAAUCGAAUUCAAUGGCCCAAAUAUGAGUCGCUCAUUGCCAGGCUUCUCAACGGGGAGCGGCUUCCAAUUGACCAAGGUUACCUUGAGGCCUGGGAUCAUGCAACGCAGGACCCUCCCGCUACGGCGGAUGCAAACAAGCUCACAGUCAACCAGCAGCACCUCAAGCAGGCCUGGGAUGUCAGUCGAGUGGUUACUCGUGAGGAUUGGCAAGAAUGGUUUAAGAAGUUUUCAACGGAACUUCUUCGCGAAUCACCCUCUCAUGCUCUUAGAGCUUGUGUGCAGCUAGUGGAGGCCCAUCCACCCCUAGGACUCGAUCUUUUCAAUGCUGCAUUCAUAUCUUGUUGGACGACCUUGUAUGAUCAGUACCAGCUCGACUUGGUUCAAUCAAUUAUCCGAGCUCUCACCGCCAGCAAGCAUAUGGAUCUUACCCUGAAUUUGCUAAAUCUCAUCGAAUUCAUGGAGCACGAGGGAUACAUGAUGCCAAUCGAUAUUGGUACUCUUGGUCGUGUGGCAGAGCAAUCCAAUGCCUUUGCGAAGGCAAUGCAUUACAAGGAGCUGGAAUACUUUGAGGGCGUGUCUCCCGAACUCGUCGAAAGUCUCGUCAGCAUCAGCACUCGCCUCAAUCUACACGACGUUGCUUGGGCAAUCCUGAAGACAAACACAGUGGCAGAAGAGCUGAAACUAGACCGCUGGUUCGAGAGAUUGGGCAGAUGGCAAGAGGCGCUUGAAUCCUACGAUGAGAAGCUCGAGGACGACCCUCUGUCCCAGGAGACGCAGCUAGGGAGAAUGCGAUGUUUAUAUGCAUUGGGAGACUGGGAAUCUCUCAACAUGACCGUCGAAGACAAUUGGCCCAACUACUCAUUGGAUACCCGGAGGGAAAUCGCACCUUUGGCCGCUGCUGCCUGCUUCAAUCUAUAUCAAUGGGACAUGAUGGAAGAACAAGUCAGUCUAAUGCCAUCAGAUGGUCCAGAUCGGUUCUUUUACAGAGCAGUCCUUGCGGUACACCGGAACCAGUUCCAGAAGGCGCACUCCGCUAUUGCCAAAGCAAGGGAUAUUCUGCAAAGUGACCUUGCAGGCCUUGAAGACUAUACCCGUAUUUACAAUUCUAUGAUUCGGGUCCAGUUGCUAUCGGAGCUCGAGGAGAUCAUCCACUACAAGGUAAACGGAGACCAACCCGAGCGUUUGAGCAUACUACGCAAGACAUGGAGCAAACGACUUCAAGGAUGUCAACGCGACAUUGAUGUGUGGCAACGGAUUCUGCAACUAAGAGGAUUAGUUCUCGAUCCUGAAGACGACGUAGAAUCCUGGAUCCGGCUGGCAAAUCUCUGCCGUAAAUCUGGGCGGAUGGAAUUGGCCAACAAAGCGCUUCGCUCAUUGAUGGAGGGACUUCCGAUGGCCUCCGACAAGGCGCCGCCUGCAGUGGUUUACUCGACACUCAAGGUGAACUGGGCGAAGGGACUGAAGCAAGACUCUUUGGACUUCCUCAAGAGAUUUUGCUCGUCACUGGCCAGUGAUAUCAGCAGUAACGAAAGCGUGAAGCCUCCUGAUCUGGAGAAAAGUCGGAGGUUGGUCGCAAGAAGCUAUCUCAAGCAAGGGGAAUGGCAAUCUGAACUUACUUCGUCAUGGACGCCAGAGGUCAUCAAAGAAAUCAUUGACUCGUACCAAAUGGCUACAGAAUUUGCUCCCAACUGGUCAAAGGCAUGGCAUUCGUGGGCUUUAUGCAACUUUGAGGCGAUCAACCACCUCGAGGAGCGAGAUGACGCUUUCACGGAGCAUCGGGACCAACUUCUUCUCCAGUACAUUCUAGCGGCUAUCAAAGGCUUCUUCCGUUCGGUAGCUCUGCGGAGUGAUAACCCCUUACAGGAUUCGCUUCGAAUUCUUACGCUUUGGUUUAAAUUUGCGGCUGAAGAGCGUGUGACACUCGCCGUCAGCGAAGGUGCCUCAAUGGUUUCCGUUGAUACAUGGCUAGAGGUGGUGCCGCAGUUAAUAGCGCGCAUUCAAACACCAGUUGCGGGCGUCAGAGUCAUGGUCAAUACCCUCCUGACUGAUGUUGGGCGGGCUCACCCACAAGCUCUGAUCUAUCCCUUGACCGUUGCUUCGAAAUCCGCUAGUCAUAUACGGAAGGAUGCUGCAGUUUUGGUCAUGAACCGUCUUCGAGACCAUAGUCCCAAACUCGUUGAACAGUCGCUUACCGUUAGUCACGAGCUCAUUCGGGUAGCCAUGCUGUGGCAUGAACUUUGGCACGAAUAUUUGGAGGAAGCCUCUCGCCUCUACUUUACAGAGAAGAAUGCAGACGCCAUGAUAGACCAUCUCGAGAUUUUGUACAAAUUGAUGGAUCAAGGUCCACAAACAAGUCGAGAGACCGCUUUCCUUCAGGUUUAUGGCCGUGAUCUUCGAGAAGCGCGAGAUUUCUGCAUGCGAUAUCGUCGUUAUCGAGAUAAUGGCGAAAUGGACAAAGCCUGGGAGGUCUACUAUGGAGUGUUCAGGAAAAUUGAGCGACAACUACCUCAGCUCACAACGCUGGAGCUCCAAUACGUUUCGCCCGGUCUGUUGAGUGCUCAUGAUCUCGAGUUGGCCGUUCCUGGUACAUACCGAGCUGGAAGACCGACGAUCCGUAUCUCGAAAUUUUCGAGCACACUCGCGGUUAUUUCGUCGAAGCAGCGCCCACGUAGGUUGUCGAUUAUCGGUAGUGACGGCAUCGAGUACCAGUUUCUUCUCAAAGGGCACGAAGACCUCCGACAGGACGAGAGGGUGAUGCAACUCUUUGGCCUUGUCAAUACACUUCUUGCUGUCGACAGUGACAGCUUUAUGCGCAACCUUCAUAUCCAGCGAUACGCCGUCAUCCCCCUCGCCGCAAAUGUCGGGCUCAUCCAAUGGGUAGUUCAAAGCGAUACACUACAUAUUCUCAUCAAGGACUAUCGAGACACUCAGAAGGUCUUGCUCAACUAUGAAUACCGGCUGAUGCUCCAGAUGGCACCAGACUACCCCAGCUUGACUGUGCUCCAAAAGGUCGAAGUAUUCCGCUAUGCUCUGGAUAAUACCACGGGUCUGGACCUUUACAAAGUUCUAUGGCUGAAGAGUGCAAACUCUGCGGCUUGGCUGGAGCGUCGAUCCACAUUCACAAGAUCCCUUGCGGUCAACAGCAUGGUUGGGCAUAUCUUGGGUCUAGGAGACCGGCAUCCUUCCAACAUUAUGAUCGAACGGAACAGCGGACAAGUUAUUCAUAUCGACUUCGGUGAUUGUUUCGAGGUUGCGAUGCACAGAGACAAGUUCCCAGAAAGAAUUCCGUUCCGUUUGACCAGAAUGUUAACAAAUGCGAUGGAGGUGAGCGGGAUCGAAGGCAACUUUAGGACUACGGCACAGAUCACUAUGCGGGUUUUGCGAGAUAACAAAGACUCGCUGAUGGCAGUCUUGGAAGCAUUUGUAUAUGAUCCGUUGAUAAGCUGGCGAUUGACUGCUGGGCAAGACGGUCACGGCGAGCAAGAUGUCAAGGUCGACCAGAGCAAACUCGCGCAGUUUGCAGGUGGUCCUCACCGGAAGCUCAAGGCGGAUGAGAAUGACAUCUUUGAAGCUGAUGGUGAGCUCAAGAUGGAAGGUCGCAAUGACCGUGCUUUGGCAGUGUACAGUCGAGUUCAAAAGAAGCUGACCGGUCGCGACUUUGAUCCCGAUGUCGAACUGAGCGUCGAAACCCAAGUCGAAAAGUUAAUUCAGCAAGCGACAGCCGUUGAGAAUCUAUGUCAAUGUUUCUUGGUACUGGAGGGUGUCAUCAUCAACCCAACGGCGAGUGACUGCCUCAACCUCCCAACGCUCGUAGCCGGACUGGCGGAAACCUCAGCCAACCAAUCUUGGAUUCCGACAAUCAACACUUGGCUCACGGGACUCUGUGGGCGGCCAGCAUGCAGCAAAGAAACGACUCAGCAGAUUGUCUCAAACCUAACUUCUGGCUGCCAACAAGAGAUGCAAAUGUUCAAUAUGACUGAACUUGAUAUUGCCAGUGUAACGACCGAUAUGACCACUUCGUCGGGCCUGGAGCGUGGAUUCAUUUGCUUGGCAGAUAAUGCUCAGAACGCGACUUGGUGUCUGACAGACACACUGAGGAGGCUUGAGCGCUCCAUGGGCUCUCCAUUGAACCCACAAUCUCUACUUUCGGUGAUUCCACUUCUUGCUACCGGUGGUUUGGGUGGCGUGGCCUCCAAUGUGACAUGCACCGACUGCAACCGUGCGACAUACGCACUCGCAAGGGCGUAUUCGCCCUCAGUUGCCAAUAAUACAGAGCUAUACGAUGAUCUCGUUCAUCAAUGUGGAGAGGCCUUCAUGGAUAAGCCAUACCCGUAUAAUAUUGUGGACAACUCGUUUGAGGCUACUGCAUCUUUUACUGUUGGCACUGCGACAGCGACUGUGACUGCGGCGAAUGGUGCCUCUGUGCCAAACGGAGCGAGCUCUGACAGAAUCGUGAACAAGCAUUAUAUAAUUGCUCUCGGAAUAAUGUUUUUGUAUUUCUUGUAA